CUGAGGAAGCAGGUAAGACUGCGGAAGGAAACUGGACUGUCAUAUUUGAUAAACAAGCUUUCUGAACGCUGAAGCGCGUCUGUGCUGGAUCGAUCUGAUUAUUCCCCGCAGCUUUGAUCAUCGAUAAACACGUUUAGUCAGCAUGACAACCAAGCGCAGACUGAUAACUGACUCAUUCAAGGUGGUAAAGAAAGCCAGGAGGGGGGGCAAACGAGAGAAGACUCCUACUCCUCCACCACAGACAGAACCUGAGACUGAAACGGUCAGAGAGGAGGAGCUGCAGAAGCUCAGGCAGUUUGAUCUGGACUGGAGAUUUGGGCCCUGCACAGGUAUCAGCAGGCUGCAGAGAUGGGAGAGAGCAAAGCUUCAUGGCCUGAACCCACCUGAGGAGAUCAGAGACCUGCUGCUGCAAAACACUGACCCUGAGUACAAACUGAGCCUAUGGCGUGAAUAUCCUUUGUGAGGAAGUCAACAUAAGAAAGAGAAAAGGACAUCGACCCCAACAAUAGUCAAAUCAUGUUUGUUCACAUUUCAACAUUUUGAAACAUAUACCCAAAUUACCAGUAAGUGUCAGAGGGGCUCACUGUCUGUACAGUGUUGACCUUCUAUCUUCAGACCCUUAAAAACUCCAGAAAAAAAAAAUAGAAUAAAUGAAAAAGGAGAAACCACAUCAUCAGGUGAGAUAUUCCUCUCUCAGCAUUUAGAUAGAAGAAUGUCAGAACAUUCAGAAGUGUUUUUUCUUGCAGUUGUACUAUGUUGUUUUAUACACACUAAGUUUUAUUAACAUUUUUAAUAAUAAAAAAAAAAAUCCACCA